AUGUCUGUGGAUUUUGCAUCUUCCUCCGAACAAAACAGUUAUGAAACCAAAACCCCAAAUCUCCGAACAGCUGAGAAGAAAUGUUCAUGGGCCUCCUAUAUGACCAACUCCCCGACUCUCAUAGUUAUGAUUGGCUUGCCAGCCCGAGGCAAAACAUAUGUGUCCAAGAAACUCACACGUUACCUCAACUGGAUUGGAGUGCCCACUAAAGUGUUUAAUCUUGGGGUGUAUCGACGCGAAGCAGUCAAGUCCUAUAAGUCUUAUGACUUCUUCCGGCAUGACAAUGAGGAGGCCAUGAAGAUCCGCAAACAGUGUGCUCUGGUCGCUCUGGAAGAUGUCAAAGCAUAUCUCACAGAGGAGAGUGGGCAGAUUGCGGUGUUUGAUGCCACCAAUACCACCCGGGAGAGAAGAGACAUGAUCUUGAACUUUGCAAAGGAAAAUUCUUUCAAGGUAUUCUUUGUGGAAUCUGUCUGUGAUGACCCUGAUGUCAUUGCUGCCAACAUCCUGGAGGUAAAGGUGUCGAGCCCUGACUACCCAGAAAGGAACAGGGAGAACGUGAUGGAAGACUUCCUGAAAAGAAUUGAGUGCUACAAAGUCACCUACCAGCCCCUGGACCCAGAUAACUAUGAUAAGGAUCUUUCUUUCAUCAAGGUGAUAAAUGUGGGCCAGCGAUUUUUAGUGAACCGAGUCCAGGACUACAUCCAGAGCAAGAUUGUCUACUACCUCAUGAAUAUCCACGUGCAGCCUCGCACCAUUUACCUCUGCCGGCAUGGCGAGAGCGAGUUCAACCUCUUGGGGAAGAUCGGGGGUGACUCAGGUCUGUCGGCGCGGGGAAAGCAGUUUGCCCAGGUACUAAGGAAGUUUCUUGAGGAACAGGAGAUUGUGGACCUCAAAGUGUGGACGAGCCAAUUGAAGAGGACAAUCCAGACUGCUGAAUCUCUGGGGGUGACCUAUGAGCAGUGGAAGAUUCUGAAUGAGAUUGAUGCUGGUGUGUGCGAGGAGAUGACCUACGCGGAGAUCGAGGAGCAGUACCCAGAAGAGUUUGCACUUCGAGAUCAAGAGAAAUACCUGUACCGAUACCCUGGUGGGGAGUCAUAUCAGGACCUGGUGCAGCGGCUGGAGCCUGUCACCAUGGAGCUGGAGCGUCAGGGCAACGUCCUCGUCAUCUCCCAUCAGGCUGUCAUGCGCUGCCUCCUGGCCUACUUCUUGGAUAAGAGUGCAGAUGAGCUACCAUACUUGAGAUGCCCUCUCCACACCAUCUUCAAACUUACUCCAGUGGCCUACGGGUGCAAAGUGGAAACCAUUAAGCUGGAUGUGGAAGCUGUAAACACUCAUCGUGACAAGCCAACUAACAACUUCCCCAAGAACCAAACCCCUGUAAGGAUGAGAAGGAACAGCUUUACACCUCUGUCCAGUUCGGAUACAAUAAGGCGCCCGAGAAAUUACAGUGUUGGGAGCCGGCCCCUCAAGCCCCUCAGCCCUCUCCGUGCCCUGGACAUGCAAGAAGGGGCCGACCAGCCGAAGACCCAAGUCAGCAUUCCGGUGGUGUAACUGUGUGUUUCCCUCCAAUCCUGGCCUCUCGCCCUCCUCACUAAUUACCAAGGAAUCAUUUAACUUUCAACUCCCAACCC